ACAUGGCGGCCCCCGUGUAACAAGAAAAUUUCCACCUUACUUAUAUUCAUUCCAUGGGUUCUUGGUUGCAAGCACAAUUUACUCUACCGCUUCAUGCGACUGGAAUUAGUUAAACGAUCUUAUCUCAAUAUUUCCUUGUGUAUGCCAAGUAAUUUGAUUAAAAUGUUUGCCCCAAGACUAGGGAGCACUGUAGCCGGCGCCAUCGUGUUUCUCACAGGGUGUUCUGUGUGGCAGUUUAGUUUGGGCACUGAAGUUACAGACUCAAAAUAUAAACACACCGAUAUCAUUAUCAUUGGCGGUAUGGGUGAUCUGUCCAAGAGAUACCUCAUGCAGGGAUUCUAUAGCCUCAUAACAAAGUAUACAACUGAACAUAAUUCAUUCACCCUCUACCCAACUGGAAGAACUGACCCAGAAUCAACGGAACCAAUUUUAUCCAAAGUCCUUGACGAACGACUUACGUGUGAAGAGAUGGAUGGACUUGCGUGUAAAAAAUCCAAAGAGAAUUUCAUCAGUUCAGUCAAUUAUGCACAAUUGAAAACAGAUGAACAUUAUAAAACCUUUUGUGAUGGUAUAAAAAUAAAAUGGGAAAAUCUUAUGAAUGGAAAAUUAAACGUUAAUGUAGAGGCUAUAUUUUACUUAUCAAUUCCAUCGAGUGGGUAUUUAUCAGCUGCACAAUAUAUAAAGAAUUACUGCCGAGUGAGCCAUGAAAACUGGAAAGUGAAAGUUGUAUUGGAAAAGCCUUUUGGCCUUGAUCGCCAGUCUGCUAAGGAAAUGGGUCUUGAGUUGUCCCAUUCUUUUUCUGAAGAAGAGAUCUACAGGGUUGACCACUACCUUGGAAAAACAAUAGUUAGAGAAAUCAUAAAUUUCAGGAAACAAAACGAUCACGUGGAAGCUUUACUGAACAGAGACCACGUUGAGCAAGUGGAAAUAUUUAUGAAGGAAACCAUUGGAGUUCAAGGCAGGACUGACUUCUAUGAUCAGACUGGCGUCAUGAGAGAUGUCUUCCAGAACCACCUCACGGAACUGCUCACAAUCAUCGCCAUGGAGAUCCCCCAAAACUCAUCAUCAUCAGUCGACAUCAAGGUCAACAAGCUGAGACUCCUGAAACAGAUAGAGCCUGCCAAAAUGUCUGCCACUCUUCUUGGUCAGUUCUCCGAAUAUCUCAAAGAUGCAGAAAAGGAACAGGCCGAUCUUGAAAAGUCUAAAUUUACGCCAACAUUUGCAGCAGUGAUGUUAAAGGUACAUUCCCCGAGGUGGGAUGGUGUUCCAUUUAUUCUUGCUGGUGGAAAGAAGCUUGAUGAACGCUCAGGUUAUGUCAGGGUGGUAUUUAAGAGAAAUACUGUCUGCACUAAUAAUUGUAGGGACAAAAAUUUACAACAAUUGAUUUUUUACAUAGGUCAUGGUCAGCUGAAAAUGCCUGCCAUCUUGAUGUCCAAAUCUAUUGGUCAGCCUGUUUGGCCCCCGGGAGUCUCUGACCAGUCCUCCGUACCAAAACCGUCUGAAUUAUUUGGGCAGAAAAGGGAUGAUUUAUUUAUUGGAAUCCCCCAUAGAGACCCAGCUGCUUAUACUGUUUUGAUAGAAGAUUUGUAUCUCGGUGUCAAGGACAAAUUUAUUGGGACAAGUCAUUUACUCUCACUGUGGGAUAUUUGGACUGAUGUGAGUUCAUCUUUCUCUAAACUUACUCCUAAGAUUUACGAUGCAGGUGACAAAGAUGGAAAGUUGUCAUUCAGAGUGACAAGUAACAAACUGCAAUAUACUGAAAAUAUUUCUGAUUCUGUUACCAUGGUAACAGGAGCGGCAUCAAUUCAAAAUGAAUCAUUUGGACAAACCCCUUCUUCCUUUCUUGGCAACAAGUUAAUUACUACAGAUCCUCAGAGGCUUGCCUUCCGUUUAGCCGAAGACAUAGCUCACUCAAUCAAGCAAACAUUAAAGAGGUCAUUGUCGUACCAUAUUGCAUUUUCAGGAGGGAAAAGUCCAAUUAUUUUAUUUGAAACCCUUGCACAGCACUUUGCUGAUAUUCCAUGGCGGUAUGUGCAUAUUUGGCAAGUGGACGAAAGGUGUGUUCCUGCUACUGAUAAAGAUUCCAAUUUUGGUAAAAUAGAAGAAUAUCUUUUGAAAUAUAUACGCCUACCCUAUUUCAAUAUUCAUCCAAUGCCUGUAGAAGUUACAGGCAAGUUGUGUAGCCCUAAUGAUGAGGGGUUACAGUUGUAUCAAGACAUGAUCAAAGAUCAAAUAAGUGAUAAAAGAUUCGACUACAUUGUUUUAGGACUUGGCGCCGAUGGUCACACCGCGUCCCUUUUCCCAAAUAACCCAAGCCUAAGUGCGAUAAGACAGUUUACAGCGUUCGCGUACGGGCCGGAAGAUUCGUUUGAAAUUCAGAGAAUGACUCUAACAUUGCCAGUCAUUAACAAGGCUAAACAGCUGUCAGUCUUUGUAACUGGUGAAGGGAAGAGGCAAAUUUUGAAAGAUUUAGAAGAUGCGGAGGGAUCUAAGGAUGAGUACCCGAUCCUUGGUGUGAAGCCGGAUAUAGGAAACGUAACCUGGUAUAUUGAUUCAGAAGCGUUGAUAGAUUGAAAGAAG